GCUUUUGCCUCAAAGCAAACGGGGAGGAAGCCGCCAUUGACAGCAACGGAGUAUCUUCUUCACUCUCAGCGAUAUCAGUAGUGAAAUAUGGCAUCACUCGAAACGAGUCAAAGAAUAAGCAGGCAAGCUCCGCAACUAGUUACGUUAUUGAAGGAGAUGAAAGCAGGAUUGGAUACAGUGAGCUUAAAAGUACAAGCUUUAACUGCAAAGGUGAAAGCGGAUCACUUUCCAACAGCAGAUGGAAUAAGUUACCUUGAAACGAAGCAUCUGCUACUUCUGAGUUAUUGUCAAUCACUUGUCUAUUAUUUGCUCCGCAAGGCAAGAGGACUCUCAAUUGAAGGGCAUCCAGUAGUUCGGAGUCUGGUGGAGAUGAGAUUGUUUUUGGAGAAGAUUCGCCCCAUUGACAAGAAACUACAGUAUCAAAUUCAGAAGCUCACAAGAGAUAGUGACACAGCUUCUGAGAAGUCAGUUAUAAGUGAGAAGGGAACAGUUGCUCAGAAGGAGGACCUAUUGAAGUAUCGUCCAAAACCUGAUAUGCUUGUUCACAAAACAAGUAACACUGCAGAGGAUGGUGCUAAUGUAUAUCGACCCCCCAAAUUUGCACCUGCUUCUAUGGGCGAGGAGAAGAUGUCGAAGCAGGAGAGAAAUGAAUUGAGGAGGGAAAAAGAGAGAUUGCGAAAUGCUAAACAAAGCCCGUAUAUGAUAGAUUUGUUGAAUGAUCUUGAAGGAAGACCCGAAGAGGUAAGAGAAGUUGUUGGAUCUGAAAGUAGAGAACUGACAAACUACAUGGCUAAAAUGAAAGAACGUGCAAAAAGAGAAGAAGAGGCGUUUGAUCGUGCCCCACUUACAAAAUUGGAGAAAAAGAAAAUGAAACAUCUGAAGAAGUCAAGAAAUGGGUUGCUUGGGCUGACAGAUAGUUUUUAUGAUGAGAUAAAAAGUUUGCCUUUAGGGGAACCUGUUUCUGAACAAUCAGAAAACUUUGAGAAUGGCGGCACUGGAAUCAAACAACAGAAGAAGCGUAAGAGGAGGAAUUGAUACGACUGCUGGUGUGAGUACAUCAAUAUCCAUCAAUUUAGAGGCUUUAAGGUUGGAAUGGUUAGAUGUUCCUUGGUCUCAUGUAACAUGUACAGCUUUGUCA